CUCAACUCCCCAAAACCAUCUCUAACUAUUUCUAGCUCGAUUCAAAUCAUUGUCUUUGACCUCAUUCACGCCCCAAUACUUCAACAAAUCACCCCUAAACUACCGCCCACAAUGGUCAACAUCGCCAUCCUCGUCCCCGCGCUCGCGCUCGCGUUCUCCGGGCUCGCAGAUGCCAGGGACUGCACCAAAGGCCUGCGGUACUGCGGGUACAACCUGCUCAAGAUUGGGAACUACAAGGACACGAUCCGCCACGAGCUGCAGCGGACGGGCCACUGGUCGUGGGAUGCCAAGAAGGAGAGGAUCCUGACCGACAACUCGCGCUUCGUGUGCGGCGACGCCGGCGCCAUCAACUACGUUGACUUUUGCUCGGGCGGGUGUGCCGACGGCGGGUCGGGCAAGAACGAUUUCUGCUAGCCGGCCGGGAUUUGCUCAGUUUUCUUGGAUGUCCUACCCAUGGAAUGGUUCAGAGCGGGCAAUGCUGGCUGGGGAAUUUAAAAUGCAUCUGA